AACACACAGCAGCACUGAAGAUGUCAGCGCCUGUAAUGGACACAUGUCAUGUCUCCUGUUGUGCCAAUCGCACUCCUAAUGUUGUGUCAUGGGGCAGAGGAGGUCUCAUCGCAUUUGGGACAUGCAAUUCAGUUGUACUUUAUAAUCCACAGGACAUUACGAUUGUGGAGGUCCUGAAUAAACAUACUGGUAGGGUGAACGCUGUCCAGUGGGUUCAUAAACAAGACUGCAGUCCUGAAACACAUCUGGUAUCUGGGGGGACAGAUAAUAAUGUUGUUGUUUGGAAGAAGCAUGAUGGACAGUUCACUGCAUGUGCAGUGUGUUCGGGACACUCAGGGCCGGUGUGUGCAGUGGACGCUGUGUCUCUGCCCUCCUCUCAAUUACUGCUGGCCUCAGCAUCAUCUGACUCCACUGUUAAACUCUGGACCAGCACCUCUGAUACAGCUGAAUGCCUCCAGACCAUUUCAUUUGGAAGCGGGUUCGUGAUGGAUGUCUCGUUGGCACUGUUGCCAGGCAGCAGAGUUCCAGUACUUGCCUGUGGGGAUGAUGACAGCAAGGUUCACCUGUAUGUGCAGAUCAGUGGACAGUUUCAGAGGGUUCUGACACUGGCAGGUCAUGAGGACUGGGUGCGAGGUGUGGAAUGGGCCGUACAAGAUGGAGAGCUCUUGCUGGCCAGCUGCUCUCAAGACUGUCUGAUCAGAGUGUGGAGGCUGUUUCCCAAAACUGCCACUGAACCAGACCUUCAGAGUGACACUGUUAUUAAAAUGAAGGAGAAUGUCUUUGAAGUGUGUGGAGAUGUGUUUGCAGUAACUCUUGAAACGGUGCUAGCUGGCCAUGAAAACUGGGUUUAUGGAAUGCAUUGGCAGCCCCCACAGACCAAAGGUGACUCAGUGGAACAGCCCUUGAAACUACUGUCUGCAUCAAUGGACAAAACAAUGAUCUUAUGGGGGCCAGAGGAGGAUUCAGGCGUGUGGGUAGAGCAGGUACGUGUUGGUGAAGUCGGAGGAAACACCUUGGGUUUUUAUGGCUGUCAGAUGAGUCCAGACGGCUCUAUGAUUCUGGCUCAUGCCUUCCACGGAGCACUGCAUCUCUGGCACCGUGACGACGACCAGGGAGAGUGGAGGCCCGGUGUGGUUGUUUCAGGUCACUUUAACGCAGUGCAGGACCUGAGUUGGGACCCAGAAGGAGAGUUUAUCGUCAGUGUUGGAUCAGACCAAACCACCAGACUCUUCACACCCUGGAAGAGAAAAGGAUGCGCAAAGAUGACCUGGCACGAGAUCUCCAGGCCACAGAUUCACGGCUAUGACAUGCAGUGUCUGACUAUGGUUGGUCGUUUCCAGUUUGUGUCUGGUGCUGAUGAGAAGGUCCUGCGGGUGUUCAGAGCUCCAAGGAAUUUCGUAGAGAACUUUGCUAACAUAUCAUGCACCUCUCUGGAGAAACUGCAGGCCUGUAACGAUAUAGCUGACCUCCCAGAGGGAGCCAGCACGCCCGCCCUCGGCCUGUCUAACAAGGCUGUGUUUCAAGGUGACCUUGCAUCUCAGAGCACUCAACAGGAUAGUGAUGGUUUCAGUGGCAUGUCUGACCAGUACAAAGAGUCCUACUUUCAACCUCUCAGUCUCACUGACCCCCCGACAGAGGACGAUCUCUUGCAGAACACACUGUGGCCAGAGGUACAAAAGCUGUACGGUCACGGCUUUGAGAUGUUUUGCCUGGCGUCAGAUUCUGCGAGGACGGUGGUGGCCUCUGCGUGUAAGGCCUCUAAAGCAGAGCAUGCUGCCAUCCUGCUGUGGAACACUACCUUGUGGAAACCGCUCCAGUCACUGCCCUGUCACAGUUUGACCGUCACUCAGAUGGCAUUCUCCCCGAACGGACAUCUUCUGCUCGCUGUGUCUCGGGACCGCACCUGGUCACUAUGGAGACGAGGAAACCCUGGCACAGAUUCAGAGCCCAGUUUUUCUCUCUAUGCAAACACUAGUAAGGAGACAGCGGUUCACACACGCAUCAUCUGGUCAUGUGACUGGAGCUCUGACAGCAAGUACUUUGUUACAUCAAGUCGAGACAAGAAGGUGAUAAUUUGGGGCCAUUGUGGCUCUGCAGACUGUGUUGGUGAGUGUGUGGGGGCCAAUGUGAGUCCCUGCUCCUCUGUCUUGGAUGUUGGAGAUUCAUCUACUGCUGUGUCGAUCUGCCCAGUGUUGUGUUCAGACCAGAGUUAUUUAUUAGCUGUGGGUCUUGAGAAUGGGCGGAUUUUACUGUAUAAAUGGAGGCCAUCUGAGGAUCUAUCUUCUGGGUUAGACUGGAGCAAAUGUUGGGAAACGGAUGGCUGUCAGAGUCACACACUGGUGGUGAAGAGGCUACGCUGGAGGCCGAGGCAGGGCCGGGCAGGCCAAGACAAGGAGGAUGAGAACGAGGGCCAAUCCUGGGUCCAGCUCGCCAGUGCUGGUGCCGACCAUGCAGUCAAAAUCUUCAACAUCAAAAUAUCAGCAUUGUGACAUCACACCGCCUCUGGUGACAUGCACUUGAGGUCAUCUGCUGUGUGUCCAGUACUUUGACCCACUGCUGAUAUUCAGUGGAAGAAUGGACUACAUUUUACAGCCUUUCAGGCAGAGUGUGACCGUCAGCUGAUCUGUGUGGCAAAAUGUGAUAAACACCACUUAGAGUGGGGGUUGCUGGGAGCAGUUAAACUGUCACUCUCUUAAAGGGAUGGUUCAACCAAAAUUAAAACUCUGUCAUUAUUAAUGACAGAGUUUAACCCUCAUGUUGUUCCAAAUCCAUAGGAAUUUCUUUCUUUCUUUCUUGGAGCACAAAAGGAGAUGUAAGGCAGUAUAUUAAUCUCAGUCACCAUUCACUGUCAUUGCAUCAUUUUCAAUACAGUGAAAGUGGAUGGUGACUGAGUUCGUCGUUUUGCCUAACCAUCGCCUUUUGUGUUCCACAAAAGAAAGUCAUAGGGGUUUGAAAAAACACAAGGGUGUACAAAUGACAAUUUUUAUUUUUGGGUGAACUGUCCGUUUACAUCAACUUCUGUUCAUUGAAAAUUGGCACUAUUACUUAUAACAUGUAAACAUAGACUAUCCUAUUUAUAGUGAAUGAAAAAACAUGUUGCUUUGUAUUCUAUUAAACGUCUUUUUUCUAACA